CAAAUCAAUUCAUUCGAAAUUUUUGUGUUGAGAAGAACGUUGUGUUAACGCGUGCGACGGUUCGUUCGUUUUCAUUAGUUUUUAGCGGAUAGAGAACGUGUGCGCGGCGCUUUUGUUUUAGUGUACGUUGGUGAAUUCUUUUUCCCAAUUCUCUUGGUGGAAAAUUGUGAUGAAAAACGAAAACAAUAGAGAAAUAAUAAAAUUUUGAUAGUGUCAAAUUUGGUUGAAUCCUUGGCAAUUUGUCUUGCUGUGUUUUGCUGCCAAUACAGCACAGGGACUUUGGAAGUUUGCCUGUUUGUUGUGUACUGCUAUUGCUGCUGCUGCCGUCGCUGCUGCUAGAAAAAAAGAAUAGAAACAAAAAAAAAAAAAAACAAAUAUCUGCAAAUAAAAUUUGUGUUGGAAAAAGAAUUUUAAAAUAAUAGAAAAAAAUAUUCUUCUAAUACAAAGUGGUUCAUUAGAAAGGUGUAUAACAAAGUGUAUGAAGUUAUUACAACAUACCACAUCAAAGAGGAAAAGCAUAAAGUGAAAAAAGAAUUGAGUAAAAAAAGUUCAUUAUUUGUCCCACUGAGCAGAAAAAUUAGUGAAUACUAUAUAGUAUAAAAAAACACAGAAAAGAUACAAGGUGGAAACAAUAUUGUGUUGAAAAAGCCACCAACAACCAGCCAAAAGGAGAAAUCAAUAUCAAAGAAACGCCAGAAAAAAAAGCACAGAAAAAAAUAAAAACAAAUGCAAGUAAACUAAACUGGUUUCGUUGCUCGUUCAUUGCUGCUGUUGCUGCCGAUGCUACUGCUGCUGCUGCUCGUCUUUAAUGUUAUGUACACUAAACAUCACAACGGUUAACGUUGCGUUGCGCCCCCGUUUUCACAGUUCGCGUCGCUGCCUAUGACAUCGUUGUCUUCGUCGUCGUCGUUUUCGUCGUUGUUGUAGUUUUGUUUCGUAUCAUCAGCCAUCCAACCAACCGACCAACAACUCCCCAAAACAAGUGAGAAAUAUAAAUAGCAAAAACAACAAGAAGAACAACACAACCCACAAAGUUAAAAGUAAAGGAAAAUUCAAGGAGAAAGAAGAAGAAUGAAUUUUGUGAGUGAUAUAUAAUGUGUGUUGCAUGUAAAUAAGAAAACCAAAAAAAGAGGUUAAAAGAAAGGCCAACGUAAUUACAAUUAUUAAAAGAAAAAAAAAUAGGUGAAGCAAAAAACGACAAAAAAUAAUUAAAAAACCUUGUAUAUGGGCCCUAAAUUGUGUAAACAAGAAAUAAGAAAAUUUUCCAAAUACAAACCCCCCCCUCAAAAGCAGUGAAGUAAAAAACUGUUGUUGUUUUUCUCCUUUUUGCUAGGUGGCCCAUUCGUUUGUUCGUUCCUGGUCGUCGUCGUGGCCGUUGUUAUUGUCGGCAAAUAAAAGUGCAAACAUUUUCUGCAAAGUAUCUAUAAAAAUUCGAAUGAUUACAAAAUCAAAUAUUACAUUGAAAGUGUAAACUCCUCAUGAAAAAAAAACAAACAUCCAAUUUGAAAAUUAAAUUUUAAUAUCAAUUGAAAAAUAUUUGUCAAGUUUUGCCCAGCAUCCCCGAUACCCAACCAACAAAUUGCUGUCCAUCUUCUCAACAGUAUAUCGUGUGUGUGUUUUGUUGUCACUACUUUGUGAAAUGUGUUAUUUUAUUCAGUUUUAAAUAAAAAUUGAAAGAAUCAAUUUCUUUAAGAAAAAAAAAUAAGUGAUAAAAGUGCUCAAAAUAAAAAAUAAAUAAAUAAUUUACUAUCACCAAUCGCGAGUGCUGGUAACUUCGUUUUAUCACAGCCACAUUUGAUUGCAACGCGCGACGACAUAAUGUCGACAACUUCUUCGAUUGAUACACCGACUUCACCAACGGCUCCACUGCAACAUCAACCGCUGCAACAUCAUCAACAUCCAACGCGUCAACAUCAACAUCAUCAUCACCAUCAGCACACCACCACAGCCAUUGUGGUCAGCGCUGGCGCUGGUCCCCACCACAAUCCGUAUACGCAGACAACAACAACUACCACCACUACCAGCACAAAUCAAAAUCCGAGCUCGGCCAGUCGGCGGUCGCAUUCCACAUCCUCGUCGACGGGAUCGUCUAUUGGCGGCUCCACCGUGCCAUUGGCCAGCAAUCACGCUCAUCAACAACAACAACAACAACAGGAGCAACAACGUUAUCAUCAAAACAAUAAAAAUCAAUCGACACACUCGCUGUUGACACCAUCUUCCUCAACGUCGUCGUCGCCAUCGGUGUCGGCCUCAGCCUCGACGGCUGCUGCUGUGGCUGUGCAUCAUCAGCCUCAAUAUUCAACAAAUGCUGGAGGAAGCAAUAAUUCGUAUAUGAGUCAGCAGCAGCAACAACAACAACAACAACAUCAUCAUCAUCACCAUCAUAAUUCCUCGUCAGCCUCAUCUACGUCUUCGGCCAACUCAUAUUCGCAACAUCAGCAUCCACAUUCACAUCAUCAUCACAAUCAGCAGCAGCAGCAGCAACAACAACAACAUUCGCAUCACAAUUCACAUCAGCAUUACCAACAACAACAACAGCAUCAUCAUCAGCAGCAGCAACAACAACAACAUUUGCAAUUUGCAAGGCCAUCUACGUCAAUGUCAGCUCCUUGCACUGCCGCCACCUCAAUAAAUUCUCAGAAUAGCUCUUCGUGCACCCCGUGCAGCAUCAAACGUCACACCACCGAUGUUUCGGUCUGCUCUUCAUCAUCCUCGUCCUGCUGUUCGUCGGCCAGCUCGAAUUCCGUAUCGGCCGCAGCAGGUGUUGUGAAUGCAAUUGGCGGCCAAGGUAAUGGGGCAGGAGGCGCUGGUGGUGGUGUUAACAGCAGCAGCAGUGGUGGUGGUGGUGGCGGGGCCAGUAUUGUAACUCCGACCGUGAUUACGCAGAAAUCGCGUACCAUACCAUCGGACAAGAUAAACUUGCGUUUAAUACUUGUCAGUGGCAAAACAAAAGAAUUCCUAUUUAAUCCAACGGAUUCGGCUGGUGAUAUAGCACAAACAGUGUUCGACAAUUGGCCUGAAGAUUGGGAACGUGAAGCUGUCUCAAAGGCUGAAAUAUUGCGACUCAUUUACCAGGGUAGAUUUCUACAUUGUAACGUAACAUUGGGUGCAUUGGGAUUGCCAUUGGGCAAGACGACUGUUAUGCAUUUAGUACCGCGUGAUAAUUUACCAGAACCCAACUCACAAGAUCAAAGACAAAAAAGUAAAGGUGGUUCCAGUAGAUGCUGUUCAACGACUUGCUGUAUUUUGUAACUAAAUUAUUUUUAGAAAUUUUAGCAAUUAGAAGAAAUUAUUAUUAAAUAAAUUAAAUAAAAUCUAUAUAUAUAAAUAAUAAUAUAAAUAAAUCUAUGAUAGAAAUAUAUACAUAAAUUAAUUGAAUUAAAAUAUAAUAAUUACAAUAAAAAAAAAAGAUGCCCAAAUAAUAAUGAUAAUAAACUUCAAUGAUGAUUAUGAUCUAUGAUGAGAGAAUGGUAAAAGCUAAAUGGAAAUAAGGAAUAAAGUUUUUUUUUUUUUGUUAGCAUAUAUGCAUGUAUUUCUCAAAAGGAUAUCACAAAUGGAAUGGUAUGAAUACCCGGAUACAUACACACAUCACUCUUUUUACACUCAUUAUGUAAAACACACACACAUAACCUCAAAUUAAUAGGAAAUAGAUGGGUAAGUAUUCAAAACAAAAAAAAAAGAAGAAUGUGAUAAUGCCUGGAGAACUUGGGGCAAUGCCAAGAGAAUCGGAAGUGGAAGCUAAUCCAACAUUUAUAUUUCCGUGAUAGGUGAAGAAAUUUGAUUUGCAACUAUCGAUAAACAUAAGUCAAACUAAGGUUAAGAUGUCAGCAUUUUUGUCUACCUUUUUUCAUACGAAAUGAGAAGUGAAAAUAAUACCAUUGUGAUUGAAUCUCCUUUAAGAUUUCAACAUCGUCGAUCUCACAAAAUGUUAUCAAUUUACAACAUAAGUUGUUUUUAUACCCUCCACCUUUCUAUGGAAGGUAUAUUACCUUUGUCAUUCCUUUUGUAACUCCUCGAAAUAUAAGAUACUUUAUAUUCUGGAUCGGCAUAAAAUUCUAUGUCGAUUUAGCGAUGUCCGUCUGUGGAAAUCGCUCUAGCUUUAGAACAAAAUGAAGUAGGUUAAUAAAAUUUUACAGAAAUGUAUACUAUGUCUGCAUGAAUUUUGAUAUUGAAAAUGGGCCACGUAGGUCCACGUUGUAAUAUAGCCCCCAUAUAAUGGUUCCUCCCUAUUUUCGGUAUUUUCAUGAUUUUAGCGACAGUAUUUACCGGAAUUAUUUCAAAUUUUGUAUUUAAAGUUCGAAAUGGGUACUACAGCCUAUGACAAACAUUUUUGUAUGCAGGCCCACGUCUUCGUACAGCCUCCAUAUAUCUCACUUCCCGAUAUGCGGCAUUUUGAUGACUUCAGCAACAUUAUUUACCGGAAUUGUUUCAAGUUUCGUAUUGGAAAAUCUUAAUGGUUACUACAACCUAUGGCAAAAAAUUUCGUAUGCAGAUUCACGUCUUCGUAGAGCCUCCAUAUAACGGUAGCGCCCGAUAUUCGAUAUUAUCAUGAUUAUAGCGGCAUUAUUCACCUGAAUUGUUUCAAAUUUCGUAUUUGAAGUUUAUAAUGGGUGCUACAGCAUAUGGCAAAAAAUUGUGUAUGGAGAUCCACGUCUUCGUACCUCCCAAUACUCGGUAUUUUUAUGAUUUGUGCGGCAUUAUUCGCCGGAAUUGUAACAAAUUUCGUAUUUAAACUUCGUAAUGGUUACUACAACCUAUGGAAAAAAAAUUGCGUAUACAGGUCCACGUCUUCGUAAAGCCCCUAUAUAACGGAACCUCCCGAUAUUCGGUAUAUUGAUGAUUUUAGCGACUUUAUUCACCGGAAUUGCUUCAAAUUUGGUAUUUUAAGUUCGUAAAGGGUACUACAGCGUAUGACAAAAAAAAAUCGUGUGUAGGUUCACGUCUUCGUACAGUCUCCAUAUAACAGUUUUCAUUUAAGUGGUAGUUUCCGGAAGUUUUUGACAAAUUUUUAAGUUCCUUCCAAUUAAUGGAGGGUGUUAAAAGUUCGGCUUGGCCGAACUUAGCUUCGCUUUUACUUCUUUGAUUGAAAGGCCUUUAAUCUCUCAUCGUCAUUCGGAAUAUUAUACCCUCUACCAUUUGGAAAAAAUUGAAAAUUUCCAAAAAAAUCUGUCGGAAAAUACCGCUCAAAAGGAAACCAUUAUAUGGGUGCUAUACGAAGACGUGGUCCUGCAUAAGAAAUUUGUGUCAAAGGCUGUAGUAACUGUUCCGAACUUUAUAUAAGACAUUUGAAGCAAUUCCGGUGAAUAACAUCGCAAAAAUCAACAAAAUGCCAAAUAUCGGGAGGUGUCGUUAUAUGAGGUAUAUACGAUACCGUGGACUCACAAGGAAGUUCUUGUGAGAAUUAUCUGACAAUUCCAUUGGAAAAUGCGGCUAAAAUCAUCAAAAUACCAAAUAUCGGGAGGUGUCGUUAUAUGGGACGUAUACUAUAUCGUGGACCUAUAUAGACAAUUCUCUUUCAGGGAGUGAAGUCUCUUAAAGAACUUCUUGUGUAGAAUUUCAGACAAUUCCAUUAAAAAAUGGGGCUAAAAUCAUCAAAAUUCCGAAUAUUGGGGGUACCGUUAUAUGGGGGCUAUACGACAUCGUGGACCGAUAUAGCCCGUCUUCGAACUUGAUCUGCCUGCAAACAAAGAACAAUGGCUAAAAUCAUCAAAAUUCCGAAUAUCGGAAGUUACCGUUAUAUUGAGGCUAUACAACAUCGUUGACCGAUAUAGCCAAUCUUCGAACUUGACCUGCCUGCAGACAAAAGACAGAUCUGUGCAAAAUUUUAGCUUCAUAUCUUAAUUCGUUUUGACUGUAGCGUGAUUACAACAGACGGACGGAUUGACAGGGCUAAAUCGUCUUAGAAUGUUACGCUUUGUUGGGUCUAAAAUUAUUAUUUCGAUGAGUUACAAACGGAAUGACGACCAUACUAUGUAUGGUGGAGGAUAUAAAAAGGCUACACAAAUUUGCAAAACAUGCUUAAAAUACUUAUCAUUUUAAUGCCAAGCACCAUCUAUAUUUCAACCAUAUUACUUUUUCAGAUUUUCAUCUGCAGGGUCUCUUUUUUUCAUUUUCAUCGCAAAGCUUUUAUUUUGUGACAUAUCGUAAAGGGAUGCUAGAGCCGCACUCAAAUCCUGCCAUCGUUUUUUUUCCUUAUAACUUGACAUUAAUAUGCCUAGCCAUGAUGCCAAGCGGCUCAUAUUCCCACAAAUUUAUUUAUUUUUUUUUGAUGGCAAAUUUAUCAACAAAUUUCGUUAAAUGCCGCAAUUAAACAAUUGCUGUUGUAGAUAUUUGUCGUUAAGCGAGUAGUUAGGAAAUAGCAUUACUGGCAUUUGAGUUUCUUGAUACAUCAAUUAUUUAUUUUGAUGCAAUGAUUUUUUUAAAAUAAUUUUUUAUUUCUCUUGAAUAGUUGUUCUGUAACUUUUAUUUAAAUAUAUUUCAAAUUGUAUUUUUUAUUGUUUUGUUGCCAUUGUGAAUGAUUUUCACCUAAGUUUCAAGAGAAACUUCAUCAUCUAGAAACUGCCCACUUGUACUAGUGACGCCUGAAAGUAUGCUCAGCUUUUUGAUAUUUCCAUUAGAACUAUUCAACUAUUCACACAGGGCGACUCUAACAAUGAGCAUCAAAUAAACAUAGCAUCAUAAAGAUUGUGUUCUUCCGCUUGGGUGGAUGAACAACUUCCGGUUUGGCAAACAUCAGGCCCCCUGUCCUCCCUUUGGUUUGAUAAAAAAUUUAAUAUUUUACCCAUACCAAAUUAAUAAAUAAUGAAUGAAAGACAUGGAAAAUUUUCAUACAUACACACUUCCCGAUAAACAAAAUCAUGAUUUUUUUUUUAUUCAACUCAAAGCCAACUGAAAUACGAAAGAUAAGGACUAAAACGAUAAAUUUGCAAAGGCCAAUCAAUGCUUUAAUACGGAAGGGUCAAAUAUACAUAAAUAUUGAAUAGAAUGGCAAAAAAUGUAUGCAAAUCUCUCAACACAACCAGACAACCGGCAUAUAUAUAUAUAUAUAUAUGCCGAAGCAUCCAUCUAUUUAUAUUUAUUUCUAUAUAUAAAUGGGAAAACAAAUUCAAACAUAGAUUAAAUAAUCAAAUUUAAUAUUUGUAUGUAUAAAAUAAUAUUUAAGAACUAUCUAUGUGAACACUUUUUAAAUAUAUUUUUUUCCAGAAAAACAAAAAGAAAAAACAAAAGCAUAAAACGAAAAGUGAAUAAAGAAAAACAAUAAAGUAAACUAAUUACUGACUAAAAUGAUACAUUAUAAAUAUUUAAAAAAUAAUUAAUAUUAAAUACCAACAACAGCAACAAGAAGAAAGAAAUAAAACCUAAAUAAAUAAAAUGUGUAAUAUUAUUAAUCGAUAGAAAGAGAGAAAAAAAAAAAACGAAAAUACAAAACAAAAACAGACAAUUAAAUUUUAUGUAGAUAAUUAUGUUGACUAUAUAUAUUUUUAAUGUUUUAAGCCUUUUUAAAUAGCUAAAUUAUGUAACUGAAAAGCAAAUAAAACAAAAACAAAAAAAAACCAACAAAAAUACAAACAUACAAAUAUAUUAUUGAUAUGUUAUUGAGAGAAAAACAACAACAACAACAUGUAAUGAAAUACUAUAUGAAAACAAAUUUAUAUUCCAACAAAAUCGGAAAUAAUUGAUUUAACAAAAAAACCAACAACAACCAAAAGUUAUUGAUUUAAUGAGUUCAUUGUACAAGUUUUGUGUAAAAAAAUGCAACAACAGCAACUGAAAUAAAUAUUGCAACAAAUUAUAGACAUUUCAAAUUACGUUAACGUGACCUCUCCUCGUUACUAUCAUCCAUUAAUAGUUUAUAAUUGCAAACAAUUAACAUUUUCGAAAUUUAAUUUCCAAAGUUUAAAGAAAUUCUUAUUUUGUAAUUAAAAAUGAUAUUUUUUCAAAAAAUAUAUUAUUUUAGAAAAUGACAACAGCAAUGGAAAUUUUUGAGACAUUUUAUUAUUAAUUUAAAACUAAUGUCAGCAAAUAUACAGGGUGAGAUGAAAAAACUGCAACGAAGUCAAAAGCCAUAAAUUUUAAUUUUAAAAAAAAAAUUUAUUGAAUGAAAGAAAAAAUGUCGGAAAUAGCAUCAAAUUUUAGAAUAUGUUUAGAUUUGUUCGAAUUGGUCACCUUUGGCACGAAUUAUGGCCUUCAAACGGCCAAUGAAACCGUCGCACGCUGCCCGAAUGUUGCUCUGCGGUAUUUUGGCCCAUACCCGGCGAAGUGCUUGUUUGAGGUGUUGGUAUUUUUCAGUACCAACCUUGCUUCCAAAAUAUUUCGGACACAAUAGUCCAACGGAUUGGUAUCCGGAGAUUUUGGUGGCCAUUGUGCGUGGCGCGUGCUGAGUGCGAGCGUGCUGAGUCCUGUUGGAAUGUCCAAGGUCUGCGGCCAAAAUGUUUGCAUGCCCAAGGCUUUAAUACACCCUCCAGAAUAUUUUCGCCAUAAUAUUCGCCAUAUAUUCUGAUGCCAAGGUCGAUUGAUACGAGCGAAGAGUGACCAUAGGCUGUUAUGGCGGCCCACACCAUCACCAUGGCCGGCGCUUGAGUUCUGGUGGCCAACCGAAGGUGCACAUUUUCAGCUGACCUCUUUGGCAAGUAAACAUGAUUAUUUUGUUUGUUUACAAACUGCUGGACAAGGAAUGUUUUCUCAUCGGAGAAAACCAAAUUCGUCAGUUCAUCACUGUUUCGGUGUAAGUUUUUGCCUUUUUUGGAAUUUCAUUGGCUUGUCCCCGAGCUCAUAUUUGCCGAAUGGAAUUUUGCGAUAUGUUCAACUCACGAGCCAUUUUUCAUCUCACCCUGUAUAUUUGUAUCAGUGAAAUUCGAAAUUUUCAAAACUUUUACCGCUUUGUGGGGAAGGUUACGGAAAAAGGGGGUCGAAAUCUUGUGUUCGUAGAAAUAUUGGAAUAUGUGAAGCUUAGAGUGAACCGAAUGCUUAUUUCGCAUUUUUUAAUUUUUUUUUUGGAAAAUUAUAAAUUUAACCACCUUGUAUAGGAGGUACCAUAAGGAUGGGCCCGUUCUAUCCGUACCCCAUUCCAGAUAUUGUGUUGGUAGAAAUUUUGGGAUGUUUGAAACUUAAAAUUGACAUUAAAGAUGAGAUUCGGAUGCAGAUAUAUUUAUUCAAAAUGUUUGCCCGUUGGGGUGGAGGUACCAGAAGGAAUGGUCCUUCUAUUCUUUUCAGACCUUGUGUUAAUAGAAAUAUUGGGAUGUGUCGAGUUUGAAAGGAAUCAGAUGCUCAUUUCGCCUGUUUCCUCCCUUUUGUAGAAGGAGAUGCCAGAAGGAGUGGUCCGAUAUAUUCCAUCUUUACACCAGAUAUUGGAUUAAUAAAAAUAUUGUGAUGUGUAUAAUUUGAAAACCAUUGAACCACUUACAUCAAAUUUUAUGUUAGUUAUAAUUAUUCAAAAUGUUUACCCUUUUUGGGGUAGGUACUUGAUAGGCCGAUAUUGCUCAUUUUUUGCCAGAAAUAAAAUUAUUGGGAUUUCCAAAGUUUGCACUAUAUUGAAUGACUUUUUGUUCUAUGCGGUGAAUUUUUUUCGGUGAAAUAUUUGACCUUUUGUGGCGGUGAUAUCACAAGGAACGGACCGAUAAUGCCCAUCUCCGAACUCGAUCUUAAUUCCAUAUUAAAGUUACAAUGCACUAAGUUUGGACCAAAUCGAAUCCUCCAUUUAUGAGUUAUCGUACACACCAGACAGACAGACAGACGAACAUUUUGGAUCGACCCCAAAUAUUCUGAAUUUGAUCCAAAGAGACCUAGGGUCUAAAACCAUUAUUCCCCCUGCAAUUUCUGGAUAUAUAAAGGAAGAAGAGAUUCAAUUUACCCAAAGGGUGACUUUUAGUAAAAUUGGAAGAAGAAUAAGCAUAAUACACUACCAGCAUUUCUGACGUGAGUGUGCAUGAAAGCAUAUCUCUUCGUAUGACCAAACAAUUUAAAAAAUAUAAAGUCGAUCUAGCCAAGUUCCACUGUAAUAACAUAGCCAAAAUUUAUUUUUUUUUAAAUAUUUCCCAUUUUCAGAUCAUGUCAUCCAAUAGAUGGCGCUAUCCGCGUGUCAUUGCCAGUGUUACCCUGUCGUGUAAAUAAUUGUGUUUAUAAUUCAGAGCAUACUUUCAGGCGUCAACAAAAUACUUUACCUUGUCUUGCAAAUGACCACAUAAAAUAAAAGAGAUCAGAUAGUUUUGAAUGGGAAAUAUUAUUUAUUUAUUGUUUUUAAAUAUUUAAAUAUAGGUUUUUAAUAAUUAAAAUCCAACAUGGAAGUAAUCCAGUAAAAGUGUAAUUUCUGGAUAUAUAAAGGAAAAAGAGAUUCAAUUUACCCAAAGGGUAACUAUUAGUAAAAUUGGAAGAAGAAUAAGCUUGUUUAAAAAGUUCCGCAAAGUGGCAUAAAUAACACGGUUAUAUAAUAAACAACAAUUAAUAUGUAAAAACUUCCAGAACAUUUUGAAUUCCAAUACCAUUUAAUAGAAACCCCAAUAUGUGUCAGAAAAUACACUACUAGCAUUUCUGACGUGGGUGUGCAUAAAAGCAUAUCCCUUCGUACGAUUAAAAAAUUUAAAAAAAUAUAAAGUCUCAUCUAGCCAAGUUCCACUGUAAUAACAUUGCCAAAAUUUGACUUUUAAAAAAUAUUUUCCAUUUUCAGAUCAUGUCAUCCAAUAGAUGGCGCUAUCCGCCUGUCAUUGCCAGUGUUACCCUAUUGUGUAAAUAAUUGUGUUCAAAAUUCAGAGCAUACUUUCAGGCGUCAACAAAAAAUACUUUACCUUGUCUUGCAAAUGACCACAUAAAAUAAAAGAGAUCAGAUAGUUUUGAAUGGGAAAUAUUAUUUAUUUAUUGUUUUUAAAUAUUUAAAUAUGGGUUUUUAAUAAUUAAAAUCCAACAUGGAAGUAAUCCAGCAAAAGUGUAAUUUGUAAUACUUUUCCAUUACAAAGUAAAUUACAUUUUCGGAUACACAGCGGGGUGGACACCCCCAUUCCCAAUAGGAGGCGUUAAGAGAUUAUUUAUCAAAUGUUAAUACCAAUUAAAUGUAAUGUAGACCCCAAUGUUAUAUAUUAUGGGGAGUUUUAAGCUUAUCUGGAUUUUUCCUGCAGGGGAAAUUAAAAGAUAAAAUUAUUGUGUAACUUAAUAUUCAGGAUGUAGUAUUAUUUUUAUAUAUUUUAACUUAUUUUUUUAUUUUUGUUAUAACUUAUUUUUGGUCUGUUUCAGAAAUGCGAUAAUGUAAAAGUUUUUACAACGAUAACCGAUUUUCAGUUCAUAAAAUCGGAAAAAAAAUUGCGAAACUAGUAGAUUUUGCAUGUGCUGAAGCAGAGCCAAAGAUGUGAUUUUAAAAGCAUUUCUGAUUUCCUUUUUUAUUUAUUUAUUUUCAAUUAAUACAGACCAUAGGGCCAUCGUCUGUUUCAAAAACUUCUGUACAUAACUACUCUAAUAAUUCAAAAUUGGAAAUACAAAGCGGAUGGACCAACAGUUGCAUGAAAUAAUCUUCAAACAUUAAAUUAUCCAUUUGAAAACCUUCCCUAUGCCUCUGAUUAAUAUCACCAUUUACUUUUAAAAAAAUCAUAUUUUUGAAAAAUAAAAAAAUUAUAAAAAAAAUAACCUGCAACAAUCCAGGUUUAACGAUUUUUUUUUUUUUUUUGGUAUUCAUUCGGUUCGGUUCGGUUAUUGUAGUAAAAAGUUUUACAUUCUUGCAGUUCUGGAACAGAACAAAUAUGAAUUAUUAUAACAAUAUUAAUAGAAAAAAAAUCCAAUACAUAUUUCGGAACUGCGAGUUACUACGAUAACCGAUUUUUCCUCUAUGAUAUCGAUAAAAGUGGCAAAACCAGUCGAUUCUUGCAGGUUCUGGACCAGAGCAAUUACUUUUAUUAUAAUUUUUACUAUUUUUUCAUUCUUCAAAAAUAUGACUUUUCAAAAGUAAAGGGUGAUAUUUAUUCGAGCUCCGAUUUAGAGACGAAAACAUUUAAUAUUUAUGGUAUUCUUCGUUGAAAAAUAAGAAUUUCUUUAAAUUUAUCCAAAUAUUUACUCCUCCUUAUUAUUUUGAAACAUGCAAUUUUAUUAAAUUUUAAUUUCAAUACCAAACCAAAAUCCAUUAAAUUUUUUGCAAAAUAUUGUAUUAAAAAAGAAAACCACAAAUGAAAAGAAAAUGUUAUUUAAACCGCAUAUUUUAUUAGAGCAAUUCUGUUAAUGCCAGUUAAAUAAAUUAAUAAAAUUUAAGAAAUUUAAUUAAAACAAAAAAUAAGAAAAACCAACAAAACAACCAAUCUCUGUUAAAUAAUUUAAAUUUACAAAACCAAAAUAAAAAAAUAAAAACAAAAAUGCAAGUAAAUUAAAAUCAAAAUAUGUGACAAAGUAAACAAAAAUUGAAAACCAAUUAUUUGUUUUGUUAGUAAAAAGAAAAAACGUGGAAGAAAAAAAUUGAAACAAAAAUUAUACAGAAACUGAUGAACCCAAAUAUAAAUACUAGCCACUUUAGAACAGAAAAUACCAGAACAACUACAAAAACACACAAAUAAUUAAAAUAAUAUUGAGAGAAUUAUUAUUAAUGCGUAACAGAUAUUCAAUAUACAGAGGUGUUUCUGAAUGAAUGGGGUUGGGAUUUUGAAUAUUUGAAAAGAAAAAUAUUUGAAGUAUCAAAUAAAUUUUUCAUACAGGUUGAGAUAAAAAAAAAACAGCAACAAAAUCAAACUCCAUAGUUUUUAAAUUUGUUUAUUUAUUUAUUUUUUUUUUAAUGAAAGCAAAAAAUGUCGGAAAUAUCAUCAAAUUUUAAAAUAAGUUUAGAUUUGUUCGAAUUUGGUCACCUUUGACACGAAUUAUGGCCGUCAAACGGCCAAUGAAACCGUCACACGCUGCCCGAAUUUUGCUCUGCGGUAUUUUUGUCCAUUUCCGGCGAAACACUUGUUUGAGAUGAUCGACAUUUUGGUAUUAUUUAGUGCCAACCUUGCUUUCCAAAAUUCUCCAGACACAAUAGUCCAACGGAUUGGUAUUCGGAGAUUUUGGUGGCCAUUGUGCGCUGGAAAUGAAGCGAGGAACCUCAUUUUGUAACCAUUUUUGGAUGGCGCGUACUGAGUGCAAUGGUGCUGAGUCCUGUUGGAAUUUCCAAGGUCUGCGGCCAAAAUGUUUGCGUGCCCAAGGCUUUAAUACACCCUCCAGAAUAUUUUCGCGAUGAUAUUCGGCAUUUAUUUUGGCCAAAAUGAUUGCGUGCCCAAGGCUUUAAUAGACGCUCCAGAAUAUUUUCACGAUAAUUCGCAUUUCGCAUUUAUUCUGAUGCCACGGUCGAUAAAUACGAGCGUAGAGCGACCAUCUGCUGUUAUGGCGGCCCACACCAUCACCAUGGCCGGCGCUUGAGUUCUGGUGGUCAACCGAAGGUGCACAUUUUCAGCUGACCUCUUUGGCAAGUAAACACGAUCAUUUUGUUUGUUUACAAACUGCUGGACAACGAAUGUUUUCUCGCCGGAGAAAACAAAAUUCGACAGUUCACCACUUUCGGCGAAGCGAAGGGACUCUUCAGCUCUUUUGAGUCUAUUUUUGUUCUGUUGCGGUAUAAGUUCUUGCACUUUUUGGAAUUUCAAUGGCUUUACCCCGAACUCAUUUUUCAAUAUUUGCCGAAUGGAAUAUUGCGAUAUGUUUAGCUUUCGAGCCAUUUUUCGGCCACUGCGACGCCGGUUUCGAUCAAGUCGCUUCUUUACUUUUCGAACCAUUUCUGCUGAUGUUGCUGUUUUCUUCCGUCCACUUCCUUGAUGUCGGGCUACGCUACCAGUAUCACGGUAACGAGCGAUGAUACGAGACUCAAAAGAGUUAUUCACAUUUAAAUGCUGGAGUGCUCGAACGAUAGCCACUUGUGGUUUUCCAGCCAAAUAUAAAGAAAUCUCAUUGUCACGCUUGAAUUCCAUCACAAAUAACUUUUUUUCUGGAAAAUUCUCACCAAAAUUAUUUUGUACGCUUAUAGGCAAUAUAAUGAGCUGUCGCUGGAAUAAUUUUAACAGCUGUCGGAUGAGUGGCUUAGAAACGACAGCAGUCUGAAGUUGGUUGCAGUUUUUUUCAUCUCACCCUGUAGUUAUGGUCUUCUCAUAGAAGACCUAUUGGUCUUCUCAUAGAAGUCCUGUUGGUCUUCUUCGUAGAAUACCAGUUGGUCUUCUCAUAGAAGAUGAGUUGAUCUUCUCUUAGCAGAGCAGUAAAUCAUCUCUCUUAGAAGAGCAGUUGAAAAAGCAUAACAAACUUGCUUGGGAAUUGAGAACAUUUUAAUAAUUACUUCGGAGCACCCUUCAUAUUCGAAUACAUAUUACAUAUGUAGGGAUAUGCAAUGUAUUGGUAUGUAUGGAGUAUAUAAGGACAAGCAUUUUUUGUAUUUGUAACAAAAUUCCAUCUAAUCAAAAAUAAAAAAAAAAUAUAUAAGAAAUCCAACUUUUGGAGAGGAAGCUCAAUACAGGUUACACUAAACCAGACAUUGGCCUUCCCCUUUAAAUAUAAAAAUACAAAAAAAAAAAAAAAUUUUUAUUUUUAAAUAUUUCAAUAAAUUUUGUUUAGGGUUUUUAUAUGGAAAACACUAAAACAUAAACAAAAAUUUUUAAAAUAUUAAAAGAAAAAAAGCUCGCUUAAGUGAUAUACCAUAAAAUAAUAAAUUAAUAAUAAUAAUAUAAUAAAAUACUACUGAAAUAUAUAAUUUAGGUAAAAUUUGCUUUAAAUUACAAGAAAAUAAAUAAAUAAUACUAAAAAAAAUAAAAAUGAAAAACUCACUAAAUACUUGGAAUCCAACCAAAUAAACCGAAGAAAUGAAAAUAAGAAUAGCAGCCAGAAGAUGCACAUAAAGCAAAUUGAAUAGCAGACAGAUGAGAAAACAACAA